AUGAGGACGUGCUCUGCGACGGGUACGGAAUCUGCAGACCUGCGCAGGCAGGGGGGAAACAUUCCAGCUUGGAUUGCCAACUAUUCAAGUCUACAAGUUCUUGUGCUGAGAUCAAACAGCUUGACAGGCAAUCUACCUCCACGGAUCGGCGGAAUGACCAAGCUUCGAGUCCUCGACCUUUCUUCUAAUCUUUUGUUCGGUGAAAUCCCAAAUACCUACUUAAAUUUCUCCGCCAUGCUCGAUGUAAACGAAACUAUGUCCGUCCUUGGAGAAGACCGUGUGCGUCGCCCCAUUAUUGUUAAAGGAAAUUCAAGAUCAGAAUAUAUAUCUUAUGGCGCUCUUAGAGAUAGCCCAAGGCUUCGAGUUGUAAGAGACGAAGACAGCAAAUACUAUAUAGAGGGCUUGGAUAUAAUCACAAAAGGAUCAGAAUUGUAUUACAGUCGCGUCUUUUCAGGCAUGACAUGCAUCGAUUUGGCAAACAACGGAUUAUGGGGUCAUCUUCCAAUGAAAAUUGGAAAUCUUAAAGGUUUGAUGUUUCUAAAUCUUUCUAGGAACAGCUUCAAUGGGGACAUUCCAGGUAGCAUGGGCAGUCUCAGUCGGUUGGAAUCGCUGGACCUUUCUUUGAACAAUUUUUCAGGAAAAAUUCCAUUCCAGCUUGGUUCUUUGGAUUAUUUGGGAUAUUUAAAUCUUUCUUACAACAAUCUGUCAGGGGUGAUACCACUGCAAGGUCCUCACAUGAUAACAUUUGGUAAAACAGUAUUCUCAGGAAAUCCAAAUCUGCGCGGAUGCCCUCUUGAAAGCUGGAAGUGUUCUCCCCCUCGUUCACCGCACUCUCCUCCUACCAUUGCUGUCAAUGUAGAGGCAAACCAAGGAUUUUCAUGGUACCUGCUGAGUAUUGGAUGGUCAAUUGCAGCAGGAUUUUGUGCCGUGGUGUUGGCACUCAUUUUUAAAGUGAAUUGGAGAAAGAAGAUCUUUGAUCAGAUGGACAGAGUUAUAGCAUUUCUGUUGGGGGAGAGUACUAAUCGGAGGUGCUCAAGUUAGAUAUUAAGGAUAUGGUAUUUUGUUUACAAAUGUAAUAAAUACAAGAUAGCAAAUCUCUUAAUAGGGUAUCUAGAUAGAUAGUAUUUUGCUUUCAAUAUCAUUAAAUCUUAUGUUUAAACAUUUUAACAAGCCUCCUGGAUUAGAAAUUGAGAAAGUAUUUUGUUUUUAGUUUAAUAAAUAUUUUAAUGUUGAGAUAUGU